UCUAGUCCCAGUGCGGAUGGAUCUCCGUGCUCCCAUUCGACAUCCUGCUCAUCGUCGCUGGUCGUCUCACGAGCGGAUGCUUGUGUAGGCACGGCCAGUGCCUCAACGAUGACCGAACCCGAGUGCCUGGGACCUUGCGAACCUGGCACUGCUGUUACCUUAGAAGGCAUCGUCUGGCACGAAACAGAAGGAGGUGUUUUGGUCGUGAAUGUCACGUGGCGAGGUAAAACAUAUGUUGGCACGCUGAUGGAUUGUACGAAGAAUGACUGGGCACCACCAAGAUUCUGCGAUUCACCGACCAGUGAUGCGGAAUCUCGUGCGCCGAAAGGCCGGGCUAAGAGGGGGCGCGGAGCUACGAGCACGCCAGUGCCGACGAGCGGCGCUAGUGGCAUCGGAAUCGCUGGAUUGGCUGAUGCGUCGCUCAGUCCGAUGCACAGUAAAUUACGUAACGGAGCAAAAGGACGUCGAGGUGUCGGCGGAGGCAACAGCGCCGCCGGAAUCGCGGCACCACCCAGUCCGGCCAAGGAAGUGCUGACAUCUGGCGGCAAACGCAAAGGCAGCAGCAGUAGCGGCAGUGGCAAUGGCGUCAAAAACGCAGACGACGCGUCCAAUGGCAGCGCCAAUAAACGAAGUCGUUCCAGUUCCAGAGGAGCUGGAUCUUCCAGCCCGUCGAUGGAACCGCCGGCCACAGUGUCGACGGCGCCAUCUCCAAUGCUGAUCGAAUGCCCAGAGCCGAACUGUUCCAAAAAGUACCGUCACAUCAACGGCCUCAAGUAUCACCAAUCUCACGCUCACGGAGGCGUCAGUAGCGUCGGGGCCACCAACGGCGGGCCGGCCGUUCCGGCCGAAGCGGCUUUUGACGAAGAUUCCAAUCAGGACGUACCUGUUACCCCAACAAAGAAUGGCAAGGAAGUGCCUGCCACGACGACGCCGCAACCGGCCGAAGAGGGGGCGGCCGAAGUGGCACCUUUCACCGGUAAAGUGCCGAUGCCUCCGCCGCCGGAGGCCGCCUCGCCCAGCGUUGCCGUGGCUUCAGAGGCCGCCACUUCGCCUCAAAAGCCUCCCAAGCCCAGCAGCCCUCGGCUUCCGGCACCUAGUCCCGUCCUUCCGGCGUCUUCUUCUUCAUCCCCGUCUGUGAUACAACAGCCCGACGCUUCUCUGGCCGUCUCCAAUGGAUCGAACAAACCGGCCGUUGAUCACCUCUUCACUCCCAUCGUCACUCAGCCCGUCAACGCUGUGACCUCCACAUCGACGGUCACGUCCUCUUCGACGACGUGGACGACGCUGACGCCGAAUCCUCGCAGUCCGGCCAUGGCCGUCGGCUCUUCGGCCCCUAAAAUGACGGGCUCGGACACGGAGUCGGUCGAGCGCAAGGAAAGAUCGAAACACAAGAAGAAGAGCAAAGACAAGGAUCGCGAUCGCACCGAGCGCAGGGAACACUCGGCCAAGAAAUCGCCCGGAGCAAUGACCGUGACGGCCAAUGGAUCGUUGUAUCACACGAUGAUACCGGCCGUCGCUAAUCCGUCCAGUCCCGUCUCUGCCACGCCUGCAGAUCCUACUGCCGUCGGGGCAGUGGGUACGUCUACGGCCAUCGGUGGAGGCACUAACGGCCCAGUAGGCACCGAUUCCACCCGUGAGGAGGUCCAGAGUCCGGCUUAUUCCGACAUUUCCGACGCCAACGAUCAGUCGCCAUCUCUUCUCGACGUCGAAUUGGAGAGCAAGAAAGUGGCCGAGAAAUUGGCGGCCGAUGCGGCCGCUUCCCUUCCACCUGUGGCCGGCCCUGGGCCGGGACCUGCUGUCCAUCCGACAUUGGGCUCGUUCAGCAUGUACCCGUAUUACGGCCAGCCGGCGUUCUUGCCACCCGCUGACCAACAACAACAGCCAGCGGCCAAAGGGCUCAUCAAGCCGGAAGAGCGCAGAGAGGAAAUGAAAACGAUUCAGCCUCAGGCGCCCGCAGCGCCACCGCCUUCGUUGCCGGCCAGCAGCAGCAGCAGUGGUAGUAGUCAUCCCGUUCCAGCUGCUCUCUAUCAACCACCCUACGGAUUCAUACCGCCUUAUCCGGCCUAUCCAAUCGAUCCAGUCAUGAUCGACCCGAAUGCUGCUGCGGCCAUCCGAUCCACCAGCAAAACGCCGGAUCAAGGAGGGCUGGGCAUCCCGCCGGCCCAUUCGCCUCGGAGGAUCGACUCGAGUCCGGGCCGUAAGGACGACAAGAAGCCUCCGAUGGGCGUGUCGAGUGUUGCCGUGCCGCCGCAAGUGAAGAGUGAUCCGUCCGUCCUUCCAUCCAUGGCCGGCGUUCCAGCCAAGGACGCCAUUAAAGAGGAAAUGAAGAAAAUGGCGCCGACGGACAAGAUUCUUCCUCCGUCUUCGUUGCAACUUCCCGGACCUGUCGGUCCGGCUGGUCCUGGUCCGCUAGGUCCACCUGGUAUGCCCGGAGCUGGACCACAAGGGGGUCCCGCUGCUUUCGAUCCGGCAAUGCUAUACCAACAGCAACAACGGCAACAUCAAGAGGAGCUGCGUCGUUUCUAUAACGUUUACGGUGGGGACGAUCCGAUGCUGGGGCCCGGCCCUGGUCCGCCAGGUAUGAGCAUGUUCCAGCCUCCCAUGAACUCGCCAGGUUCUGGAGGACCACCUGGACCAGGAUGGAUGGUCAAUGGUCCCAAAGGUUCUCCGUUAGAUCCUCAACAACCUCCAACGCAACAGCAGAUGAUGCACCAACAGCAGCAGCAGCAGCAACAACAGCAACAACAACAACAUCAGCAUAACCAGCAGCAACAGCAAUUGCAGCAGAUUCAACAUCACAUUCAACAGCAGCAGCAAAUCCAACAGCAACAACAGUUCCAGCAGCAAUUGCAGCAUCAGUUGCAACAACAUCAGCUCCAGCAACACCAUCAGCAACAACACAACCAGCAGCAGAUGCAACAACACAUUCAAAAUCAGGCCAUUCACCAACACCUCCAGCAGCAGCAUCAACAACAACAGCAGCAGCAGCACCAACAACAACAGCAGCAACAACAACAACCGCGCAAGUCAUCGGCUUCGUCCAAAUCAUCGUCGUCGAUGCCCAGCUCGGCGUCCAGCCCGAAAUUGCGGCCGCCGUCCGUCGAUCGCAAACAGGAGCAAAGGGACAAGGAGCAACAACAACAACAGCAAAGGCCCAACGAAAAGAUCUCUGAAGGUGUCAAACCGACGAUGGAAACUCACGGACCGCCACCUCCUCCGGGACCUCCGCCCGGCUCUGGCCUGUCACCUUACGGCAUGUAUCCCAACUUGUAUCCGUACGGAUUGCCUUUUGAUCCUUCGCAUCCAGCCUAUCGCAACACGAUGGCCACCAUGUUGGGCAGUUCGCCUCACAAUCCGUUCGGCCCCGACCCGAGGAAUGGACCGUCUCCGUUUGGUAUACCGCACCAUCCGCACCAGUUGUCGCCGGGAAUGCGCGGCUACCCGUCGGGUCCCGGUGGAUUUCCCGGUCCAUCGGGCGAAGACUUGAGUCGGGCGCACGCGCUGGAAAUGCUUCAACAUCAAGCCAACCAGUACUAUGCCUCUUUGGCCGGUCCACCUCCACCGUCGUCUGUCCAGCAAGGUGGCGGACCACCGGCCAGUUCGGGUCCGCCCUCGGGUGCGGGUUCUCAGCAAUCGCAAUCGCAACAGCACAAAAUUCACGAGCUGGCCGAACGGGCCAUGAAGUCACCACCUGCCUCUCCAGCUGUCGGACACGACAAGGGCCAAAUGGCCAUGGGCUCCGGGGGUCUCGGCCUGGCCCCACCCAAUUCAUCGACGACGCCCACCGGUGCCGGCCCCAUGGGUAAAAUGUCGAUGAACAUGGACCGUCGCUCACCGUCGAUGGGACCCAACAACGCGUCACGCUCUCUGCUGAACGCGGGCCCACCUGGACCUCCGCCCCUACCGCCAUCGUCUGCCGGAUUUCUCCCGCCUUCGCUAGCCGCUUCAACUCAUCAUCAGUAUCCGCCUUCCGGAUCGCCCUUUGGCGGCCCUAAACCUUUGCUUCGGCCCUAGAUAAACAAAAAAUAUUAUUAUUAUUAAUAUUAUUAUUAUAUUAUUACAUCAUCGUUUCAUCCUCCGUGUUAGCUAUCGCCCGCACGCACGCAAGUGAUCUCUUUUGGGGUUCUCCUCUCUUCGCUUUCGGUCUACCUUUUUUUUAAAAAACGUCUUCUUUAUUCACGCUGCCUAUACACACACACACACACGCGCAUAAACACACACACCUCGUCCUUCUCUGCGCUCGCGCGCUUGUACAGCAUCCAUUUUUUUGUCGCUUAAUUAUUAUAUUUUUCUCAGUGUGUCGUUGUUGUGUAAAGAUAGGAUAUCCAGGGAGCCAUUCGCGUGUGUGUGUGUGUUUAGGGAUUUUUUUUUUCUUUGCGCGCGCAAUUUAAUUUAAGGUAAAAAAAAAAAAUAAUAAUAACAAAAAAAAAAUGAGUUUUUUUUUGUUGUUUGCGUUUUCUCACCUUUGUGAUAUACCUCUCCCUGCGCUGGGCACGCUCUUAUCAAAAGAAUUCAUUUUCUCGAUUUUUUUUUUAAAUUUUAAAUUGAAAAAUCAAUUUGCGAAUUGGCAAUUUUUUUUUUUUUUAAACAAAGGAAAUUACAUAGGGCGACGUCCCUCCUCAACCCCAAUUCUUGAUGACAAAACUCAUUCGGUGGCGGCCUCUUUUCUAUUCAUCUUUCUAAUCUAAAUGAAAAAAAAAACAAAUAAUUGAUGCAAAAAAAAAAAAAAACAAACAAAAAUGUUGAUGAAAAAUGUAGAACUCAUUCGUUUCUCGUGUACAAAACGUAUAAUUCGUAAAUUUUUUUUCCAGUCGGAAUAUUUGAAUUGUGCGCGCGCACGUUGCCAUGUUCUUUUUUGUCUUAUGUAAAACAGGAAAAAAAAAAUUUGUUUCUCUUGUGCGUUUUUAAAUAUUUUCUUUUGUCGAUAACGCGCAACAUUUUGCCACGAAAAAUGUUGAUUUCUUGAAAUGUGACAUUACGGUGUGUGUGUGCUCUUGUGUGUGAUUCUUAAAUGCCGCGCCUCGCUUUCUUCCUCCCCCUUUCGUCAUUUCUUUUUUGUCAAAAUCCGGGAAUAACGUAAAAACACAUUUUUUUUUUCAUAUGUCCCAUGUUGUUUCAUUUUCGGCGUCUUCACUUGAUAUCGCGUCCUCACUUCCCUCAUGACCGCAAACUAACCCAACCCCCCUCCCUUUUUUUUUCGGUGUGUGUAUGUCAUUUUUUUGAAAUUCCCGCCCUCCUCGUACGCUUGUUAAAUAUGAUUGAAAAAAAAAAAAAAAAAAUUCACACCAUCAACCACACAAAAAUACAAUCAAGAUUUUUUGGAAA